CGAUAACAAAGUUGAUUCAUUCGAUGGGAAAUUGUAUUGAAUUAUUGACUAACUUAGUCAAUGAUGCUAGUUAGUCAAUGGUUUUACUUUUCUUUCACCGUGGCGUCUGUGCCAAACAUCUUAUAAAAAUAUAUUUGCUUUUCUACAUGCAAAUACUUAAUAAAAUUGCAUGUGUGUGUUUAGUUUUGUUCAUCACUGUAUAUGUAAUUUUGAAAUAAAUUUAUUGAAUUCAAUUUGUUUUAUAUAUUGCAAAAAAUAAGUUAAAUAAAUAUACUUUAUUAUCGGUGAAGUAUGAAUCAUUAUUUCUAUAUCGUGUCCUCUAGGGGGCUCCUGCUAUGUCUAACUGGCAUUAGCAUAGACAUACUUUUACUUUUGUGAAAUGUUCUUUAAUCUGUUUAAUUUUCUUAUCUUUCUUCUUUGAUUUGUAUAAAUUUCGGUACAAGUGGUAUGGCCGAGUUGAUUUUAGAUCCAAAUAUUAGAGGAUGGGUAUUUUUGCCUAUUGUUGUGAUUACGUUUCUCGUAGGCAUUAUUCGGCAUUAUGUUUCGAUAUUACUUGCUUCGCAGAAAAAGGUUGAGCUUCAUCAAGUACAAGACAGUCAAGUGAUGAUACGCUCUAGACUGCUUAGAGAAAAUGGUCAAUAUAUUCCAAAAAUGGCAUUUAUUAGUAGAAGACAUUUUUUUAACAAUGAAGAAACAGGAUAUUUUAAAACGCAAAAGCGUGCCCCUGUAUCGCAAAAUCCAAUGACAGAUCCUAAUAUGAUGACAGAUAUGUUAAAGGGAAAUGUAACUAAUGUUUUACCAAUGGUACUGAUAGGUGGUUGGAUUAACUGGAUGUUUUCUGGCUUUGUUACUACUAAAGUACCAUUUCCUUUGACAUUACGUUUCAAACCAAUGUUGCAACGUGGUAUAGAAUUAGCUACACUUGAUGCUGCAUGGGUUUCAUCUGCAUCUUGGUAUUUUCUUAAUGUAUUUGGAUUACGUUCCAUCUAUACGCUUGUUCUUGGAGAAAGCAAUGCUGCUGAUACCUCCAGACUUCUACAGGAUCAAGUGUCUGGUGCUGCAAUGUCUAUGCCACCAGAUCCAAAAGCUGCUUUCAAAUCUGAAUGGGAAGCAUUAGAAAUAUAUGAACAUAAUUGGGCACUGCAGGGAGUUGAAGCAGAUCUUAUAGGCUCUCAAAGAUCAGAAAUAAGUAGCAAAUAAUAAACAUUACAUCUACAUCUAUAGAUAUAGUAUGUGCCAUUUUGGAAAGAUGUUUGAAGUUCCAAGAAGUAAUUAAAUAAAUUAAUAGCUUGAAUUAUCACACUAAAUAAUAUAUUAUUUAUUAUAUUAUUUGAUAUACUUCGGAAUAUUUUACAUUUUACAAUAGAAUAUCUAUAUUAUAGUUUUUUGAUAGUUUGUCAUAUUUUUAAUUUCAUGUCUACGAAAAGUUCACACUUAUAAUUAUAGCAAUAUAUUCUCACCUAUUUUAUAUUUUUAAAAAUACAAACACACUUAAAAAUACAAAAAAAAGUUCACACUUACAAUUAUAGCAAUAUAUUCUCACCUAUUUUAUAUUUUUAAAAAUACA